UAAAUAUGGUGGUAUUAAAAUGAAAAAUUUGAAUAAUUUUCUUUUUGCAAGUUAGAAUAAAAAUGAUUUUUAAAAAUUUAUUUUACUUUUUAUACUACUUUUUAUUAUGAAUAAGUAUAUAAAUUAGAAUUAUAAUUAAAGCGUAAUUACAUAAAUCUUUAUACUUCAUAGAUAGAGAUACGUUGUUUGCAGAAAUUUCACUAAUUUGCAAUUACUAUGGUACAUUGGUUACCAAAAAAAUGUUUUAAAAAGAGCUACUAACAAAUAUGCAGACAACUUAUCUGCUAUUAGCAGCAAUAUUACCUUUCGCCGCUCUUGAUAUUUGGUAUACAAAAAUAUAUUUAUUUUGGAUUAUGAAGGUAUCAAUAUUUACAUAUCUUGUUAUAUUUGGACUUUUACCUAUUAUAUUUCAUUAUUCUUAUGCUUUCCAAAAAAAGAUUCUUUUCUUAAAUUUUGUCCAAUGGCCACUUAAUGUAGAUUUUUCAAAACCAGAGUCAGUUGGAAUGAAAGGAACAAGAAAUUUUUAUUUAAAAACUGAUGAACAAGUGAAAAUAGGAUUAUGGCAAAUACUACCUCAAUCUUUGUUAAAUGAUUCCACUAUUACAACUGCUAAUGAUUAUGAAGCUGUAUUAAAAAAUGCUAAACAACCUAUUUUUCUUUAUAUGCAUGGUAAUAGUGGUAAUAGAGCAAGUAGUCAUCGUUUAGAAUUAUAUAAACUUUUUCAGAAUUUAGAUUAUCAUGUUAUAUGUUUUGAUUAUAGAGGCUAUGGUGAUAGUGAAGAAGCAGAACUUUCUGAAAUGGGAGUAGUUAAUGAUAGUAAAUAUGUACUUGAAUGGCUAUUAAAAAUAGUAAAUGGUACAACCCCUGUUUUUGUAUGGGGACAUUCAUUAGGAACUGGAGUAUCUACUCAUGUAUUGGCAUUAUUAGCAAUAAAAAAAGUUCAACCUGCAGGUUUGUUCUUAGAAUCACCAUUUAAUAAUAUAGCAGAUGAAUUAAGUGAACAUCCUUUAGCACAGAUAUUCAAACAUUUACCAUGGUUUCAUUGGAUAAUUGUUGAACCAUUUUAUGAUAAUUUUCUUCGUUUUGAAUCUGAUAAACAUGUAGAAAAAAUUCAAUGUCCUAUUAUGAUAUUGCAUGCAGAAGAUGAUAAUAUCAUUCCAUUUGCUUUAGGUGAAAAGUUAUUUAAAACGGCAAUAAAUUAUCAUGGAAAUAAUACAAAUAGCAUUGAAAUGACAAGAAUUGAUGCAUUAUAUGGCCUUGGACAUAAAUAUAUAUGUCGUUAUAAAAAUUUACCUAAUGUAAUCAAAUCAUUUGUAGCUAAAGCACAUAAAAAUCAGACUGAGUAAAUUAUAUUUAAAUAUCAAUACUUUUAUAUAAAUAUUUUUUUGUAUUGCACAUAUUCAAUAAUUAUAUCAAUUUUAUUGACAUAAAAAUUAAUUUAAAAAUUUAUUAUAUAAAAUGUAUAAAAUUUAUUUAUUGCAUAAUUAUAUUUUAUUUUUUAUUAAAUAGUUCGCUACUUAUAAUAUCCUGUAAAGUACAAUAAGACUUAUCAUGAAAAAAUUAUUAAAAAUGUAUUGAAUUUAUGUUUGAAAUAUAAUUGAAUGAUUAAUUGAAAUGUAUUCUAUUGUUUAAAAUUAAAAAAAAAUACAUUUGUAUUUUCUAA